GCUCAAACGGAACCGGAUAUGGAGGAGGAUUUGAGAAGUUAGCCCCAUUCGUUUUCAGACUCUCGGACAUCUCGUUUCGGCCCGCACCUAAAUUUCCAAAAUUCAAAAUUUUCAUUCGCAAGUGACGUUGCCAAAAAAUAUACGCUCGAAGGACCAAGCAUGUGUGACGGAUGUGGAUCGUUGGAGCCGCGAGGAUGCCGCAGCAGGGAGCUGCGCUGCGGCAUCAUGUACACCACCUGCGAGUGCGUGAAGCGGAACGGACUGCAGGACAAGUGUCCGCGCUCCGCCUGCCAGGGCAGGCCGGCUUGUCUGUGCUUCCCGUUCCCCACCUGCGGUCCUGCGGCCUUUCCGCUGCGCUACGCCAACAUGACGAUGGGCGUGAACAACAAGCGGAUGCGCUGUGCCGCCACGGGAGCGCCGAACGGCGGCGCAGGAUGCGGCGGACGAGUUGCCGGCGGCUGCUGUGGCGGAUGCGGUCCCUGCUGCUGUAAGGAACCACCGCCCUGCUGAGGCCCCCACAGUCCGCCAUGCUGCGGACCCUGUAAUGAAACGCCCUGCUGUGGCCCACACAGUCCGCCGUGCGGUGCCCCGUCGCCCAUUCCGUGCUCUCCUGCUCCGGGCAUGUGCUGUCCUCCGCUGCCCGAAGGUGGCAUUCCCGAUCCGCGUGUCUGGAACUACUAUAACACACCCCCAACGUAUCCAUGUGGAUUUUAAGUGGCUCUGGAAAGGUCUUCAGUUGGGAUGCUGCCAUUUUGGUUGGAGAUUCGAUCGAAACUGGCUUCAAUCAAGACUUAGAAUGCCGAGCAGCUGAUUUACCGUCAGCCUUGAUUUAAGCUGCCCAUUUUUUGGCAUCUGUUUUGGACUGUUUUAGGCAAUAAAUUUAAAUGAAUUGAA